AAAAAGAUGGGUGCUUUUGUAAAUUCCCAAGAAAUGUCAUGUCAAAAUUUUGUUGAAACUCUAAUGUGCAACUUGUCAUCUUCCUGAUCAGCCACUCACUCACUCACCCACCUUAACUCUUAACCCUCUGCUAACUCAGCCCUGCAAAACUCAAAAUCUCUCUCUUUUUCUCUCUACAAUUUAACAAACUCUUCUAUAACUCAAUACUCAAUACCCAGAUCAUUUCUAAUUUUCUAUAGCUAAAUAAAAGCUAAAAUGGUACGCAGUAUAGCCAGCUGAUUUAGAAAAUCAUAAGUUGAGUUGGGAAGUGUUGUUAAAUUUGGAAUCCAUGGCAGAAUUGGUUGGGCCAAGAUUGUACAGUUGCUGUAAUUGUAGGAACCAUGUUGCUCUUCAUGAUGAUGUCAUUUCCAAAGCUUUUCAGGGAAGGCAUGGUCGGGCAUUUCUGUUUUCUCAUGCUAUGAACAUUACAGUGGGCACAAAGGAGGACAGGCAACUCAUGACUGGCCUCCACACAGUUGCUGAUGUCUAUUGCAGUGAUUGCCGAGAGGUUCUUGGUUGGAAAUAUGAACGAGCUUAUGAAGAAACACAGAAGUACAAAGAAGGAAAAUUCAUUCUCGAGAAAUCAAAAAUCGUCAAAGAGAACUGGUAGCAGAAUUCUGCCUUCUUAUUGUUGCUUUGGUGUAAGUUUAUAGAUGCCGCUGCUGUUAUAUGUUUAUCUUGCAUUCUUGUUGUGUAACUUGUGGAUUGUAUUUCAGAUCGUUCAGUUCGUCAGUAGAUUGUGAAUAAUUCUCUUUGUCGUAUAGUAUAAUUCAAUUUGCCGAUGAUUUUUUUUA